UUUGCGUGCUCUAAUCUGGCCAGAUAAUGCUGAUAUCGCCAUAAUGCUGCUGAAGAUCCGCCACGCCUUGCUCGAGGUCUCUAAUCAACCGCCAACGAAGCAGUCCGCCGUCCUAAUCAACAAUGAAAUCAUCAUAAGUUCAGGGAGCAUUCUGAUACCUCACUUGUUGGCCUCCGAUGGAGACAAAGGCCAGGCGAAUAAAGAAAUCGUGGCCAGGCUGCAGCAGGGGCAGCUGGUCGACGUGCAGGAGGAAGGGGAGUACGGCCAGCGACUCCGGUCUCUGAACUUUGUGGUGACAUUCGAUCCGCAGCAGCAGCGCCCGCGCCCCAAUGCUGCAUCAGGAUCCAGGUCCAGGCAGUCUCACAUUCUCACCCGGUUUACGGCGUACCCAUUGUAUUUGUUCUGUGCACCGGAGGUGAUACGAAACCUCCACAACAUCCUUUUCACCGCGGACUCCGGCGAGGAGGGCUCUCAACUGCUUCGCUCCUGCUUUGUGGUGCUGGGCAUGCGACCUCCUGUCCAGGCAGAGCGCUUCAAACGGUUCCUUGCACACAUCGGGGACUACUUGCGUCACCUGCAGCCUGUACAGACGCUGGACGACGUGCUGGUCAUGUGCUCGCCCUUCGGCCUGGAAAACUUUUACAAGACGAUCAGCAUAGGGAAGGUGUCGAACGUGAUGGGCCGAAGUGGCUGCUUGUUUGCCGUCUCCAAUGCCUUGCCACUGGGCUGUGAGGGAUCUGCCGUGUUCAACAACAAGUUGCGCCUCAUCGGCAUAGUGAUAUGUACCUCGUUCCAAAGGCAUCAGGAGAACGUUAAUCUUACCAUGGCUGUCAACUUUGGCUACCUUCUUCGCAACUUUAUGGAGCACCUGGGCAUGCCCGUCGCCCAGUUUCAGAUCAACCGGGAGCCCUCGAGCUUUGCAUGGGAGCGCACGAUUUUAGUGAUCGAGUCGGCAGGUCAACAGGGCACUGGAACCUUCAUUAGAGUUCACAACAAGCGCUUCAUCUUGACCUGUGCCCACGUGAUUGGAAAGGAUAAUGCCACGGUCACCUGCCGCUCCGCUGAUCGCGAAUUCCUGUCUGAGGUUAUCUGGUGCAAUCCGGACAGCGACCGCCCCUUUGACUUGGCACUACUUACUGCUCCCGAGGAUGUACCCGAGCGCUGCUGCGUUCGCUUGGCCAAAAAACCAGCAGCCAUCGGGCAAGCCGUGUACAAUGCAGGGUUCCCAUACUAUGUCAACUUUAGCUUUAAGCACGACUUCAAUCCCUCGAUUUUCCAAGGGCGGAUCAUCAAGUGCGACACUGGAGCCAUCAUGUCCGAUGGGAGCGUGCAGGCCGGUCAGAGUGGCGGCCCCAUGUUCGACGAAAGCGGUUGUAUCCUGGGCGUGUGUGUGUCCAACAUCAAGAUGGACGAUCUUAUAUACCCCAACGUAAAUACAGCCAUUCCUAUCUGUGAUAUUCGCAAUACACUCCAGCAGUUUGCGCGGACAAACGAUCUUCAAGUGCUCAAUAACCUGGUGGCCAGUCAGGAUGUGCGAAGAGUUUGGUCCUUGGAACUGCCGCCUAUUCGAAGCAAACUUUGAAGUUUUCAGUAAUCUGUUUAAUGUUAUUUGUAAUUGUAACAUAGUGUGGGUGU